CCGUGACUCAAUGCCCGACGCAUCUCUCUCCAGAAACCUCACCAAGUUGCAGCAUCUGAACCUCAGCGAGAACUACAUCACUACCCUCUACAACGACAGCUUGGUCGGCCUCGUGAAUCUGAUCUCCCUGGACCUCUCCAACAACAAGUUGAAAGGGAUCAACCGCAUGGGGCGUUCUGGGGUCUCGUCUUCCGCGGUUCGAACCGAUUCGCUUUCGCGUACUGUUUCGGACGCUCGGAAAUCGACUCGUUUUAAGCGCGUCAGAGCCCCUUCGCCUCUGAUUCCUUGGCUGUCCAGUAUACGAAGGAACGCGAGGGCCGUGGGACCCCUAGGAUGGCAGGGGAAGGAUCUGCCGAGGACAACGAUAGCCGCUUACGCCUUCAGCGAUCUUGUUCGCCUGAGGACACUCAACCUCUCCGAAAACAUGAUCAUGCUACUCCCGCCGGAAUUAUUCCACAACCUCACGAAUCUUCUGAUUCUCGACAUCAGCUACAACAGGCUGAUGACCUGGGACGACCCGGUGCUCGGUUCCAUCCCCAACCUCACGGAGCUCCACCUGAGGACGAACUUGCUCGACGGCAUCACCGACGCGAUGGAGGUGGACUUCCGGAAGGAGAGCCUCAAGCUUGUCGACCUCCAGGACAACACCUUCAAGUGCGACUGUAGCCUGAGCAAGUUCAACCGGUCGCUCAACACGUCGAACUUCUUGAACUGGCCUUAUUUGUGCAGGGAAGGAAAGAGACGUGGACAUGGAGAAUACAUCGCAAGGGCGCCGUGUAACUUCGCGACCCAGCCGGAGAACCACGGCCGGAUGCGGGCCAUCGUCAUCAGCACGAUUGUCUCGAGCUUGCUCCUCGUGGCCUCCGUCAUGGUCUACAGGAAGCGAUGGUAUGUGCGGUACUUCAUGUACACGGUGAGGAUGAGGACGAAGGUGGUGCGCGAGGAAGCCGACAAGUACCUCUACGACACCUUCGUCUGUUACUCGCAAACGGACCGCCAGUGGGUGUUCGAGCACCUGGUGGCCAAGCUGGAGGACGGGGGAAGGUACCGAGUGUGUAUCCACGAGCGAGACUUCACAGUAGGUCAAGAGAUAACAGAUAAUAUUAUCAGCAGCGUCGAAAGGUCGCGUAAGGUCGUGGUGGUUCUGUCGCCGGCCUUCAUCAGGAGCAGCUGGUGCAUGUUCGAACUCCAGAUGGCCAGCAACAAGAUUCUCGACGAGGAAAUCCAAACUAUCAUGCUGCCUGAACACAUCCCGGACGAGGAGCAGCCCAAGAAACUGAAGUACUUGCUCAAGACGAGAACCUACAUCGAGUGGGUUCCCGGCCUCGAGAGUCAAAAGCUCUUCUCGAGGUUGAUGAGAGCCAUAUCCAAGCCUUCGGGCGAGGCCAUCGCAGCGUCGACGAAGUUAUAGCUGAGGCUCCAAAGUCCAAGUCCUGACUCCUGUUUACAUUAAGUGUUUGCUUGCACCGGCGACUGAACGCUGUUUUUGCUGAAAAAAAAAUCCGUUUUGGAACCUGAGCUGGUCGCCUCUGCGGAACGUUUGAACUAGACAGGUUUAGGCAUCGUGAAUGAUAUUCCUGUUAAUCUUUGGUUGCCUUGCGAGUUUUGUAGUAUAAACUGUGAAAUCUUAUAUGAUAAUGAAUCCAUCUUGUUUGUCCUUGUUGCUAACCAAAAAGGUUUGUCGAAUGUGAUACUGAGUAAUUACAAUAACACACACACACACACACACACACACACACACACACACACCACACACACACACACACCACACACACACCACACACACACACAUACACACACACACACACACACACACACACACACACACACACACACACACACACACACACACACAUAUAUAUACACACGCGCGCGCACGCACAUCAUGUAUGGAAGAAAUGUGUAGACAGUGAUAAUCAUAGUUUAUAUGAACAGUACAUAUUGAAAACAUACCUAGCUGCUUUUGAAGCUGCAUAGGUGUCAAAAUUCUCUGUGGUAUUUUUUUACUGUAUCAAUAUUAUUGUGAUGUAUAAUCAUUACUCAUAUUACAGAUAUCACUCUAAUGUUAUCAUCAUUACUCUAAUAUUACUGCUUUUGCUGCUACUACCUCUCGACUACUACUACUACUACUACUACUACUACUACUACUACUACUACUACUACUACUACUACUACUACUACUAC